GACGUUUUCACUGAGAAAAGAGCGUCCAGUAAAGAAAGAGAAAAAUGAAAAUUAAUCGGUUAAAAUGUAGGAAAAUUGAGAAGAUAAGAAGAAAAACAAAUGAAUAUUUAAUAGAUCAAGUUGAAAAUUUAUAAUAUUUUCAAAAUAUACACAAUAUAUUGGAUAUCUAAGUCUAAAUAAAAAAUGAUCAACUAGUAGUAUAUAUUUAUUCAACAAUCAAAAGGCUGGAAUUAAUAAGUAGCUUGCACUCGAAAUCCUUGAUUGUAAAUAAUCAAUAACUAUAUGUGUAAGUGUUAUACAAAUCAAUGGUUUAGGCCUAUUUAACCUCAACACCAACACUCAUAAACAUGGACGACACGACGAAAAAAUUUUGGUCCUUCAUUAAAGAAAAUAAAAUUGAGGAUUUGAAGAAAUUCCUUAAAAGGAAUUUAAAUUUUGAUAUAAAUAAGAGAGAUGAAGAGGGACGAACUGCUCUUUUAUAUUCCUGCCAACAUCAAAUAACAGAGAUUACUAAGAUUUUAUUAGAAAAUAAAAACUUUACAGCCGAUAGAAACGCCGAAGAUAAAUCAGGAAAUAGGCCAAUAUGGUUUGCAGUUUUAAACAAUGAUUUAGAAACUUUAUCAGCGCUGUUCCAAGGUAAAGGAAAAAGAAAUAAAUGCGAAUGUAACUAUUUAGACCGUAGAUACGGAUAUUCACCAUUCUAUAAAGCUUUAAUUAAUGAAAAUAUUGAAAUGUGUAAAGCUUUGGUCUACUAUGGAGCAGAUGUUAAUUUAAGGAGUAUAGCAUUAAAAGAUGAAGGAGAAUCGCCCCUUAUCAGGACAGUUAAGAACCCAAACAUACAUUUGGUUCAACUUCUACUUAACUCUCUUGUAAAAAUCAACGCGACUGCAGAAAAUGGUUGGACUGCUCUGCAUUUUGCAGUUUGGCUUAGGCGUUAUGAAUUUUGUCAAAUGCUUUUAGAGCAUGGAGCUGAUAAGUACGCAAAGACAAACUCAAACAUGACGCCUUUAAGCUUAGCAAUUAAGUCAGGUGACGCCGAGAGCGUAAGGUUACUUUGCGAUUAUGGAACAAAUGGCGAUAAAAAGUUUCAUUGGAAUGAAACUCCUCUGCAAAUGUGUCUAAAUUUAGGUGAAGAAAGUUGCGCAAUGACACUUGUUAGAUACGGUUCCAAAUUGAACAUCACUGUCAAGGAAGUUGCCGAAAAAUGUUUAUUUAUACUCUUUCGUUUUCUUUUAGACAUAAAGCCGACAUAUCAGAAUGAGGAAUGGCUAAGAGAAAAUAUUUUAGAUUGGCCUCUAGCCCUACAUAGAAGACAAACAGUUCAAGAUUUUAUCAAACAAAUUUGCAAAAAUCCUAGACCAUUAAAAAUUCUAGUCAGAGCAAAAAUAUUUAAAACACUUGGUCGUUUUGCUUAUUUAAAAAUUAAUCAUUUACAAAUUGACAAUCAAUUAAAAGACUAUUUAGCGUUCAAUUCAUAUUUCCCUAAUGAAAUCUACCAAAGGAAAAAGUUCUUGGACGAAAAUCUCCCUCCAAUAGAAGUUCAUUCAGAUGAAAGUGAUACUGAAUUUUACGAUUUCUAACCGAACUGUUAUAUCCUACUGUUUAUUAUCGGCAUUAAACAGAUAGAAAAAGAUAUCUUCGUAUUAUGACUGAUAAACAAAUUUUAUGUCUAUAUAGUAUAUACUGUAUAUUUUUAAAUAACGUACAGCUCAUAUUUAUAUACUCUUUUAGUGCUUUUUUAGUGUAUAUCUUUAGAUAGUCAUUGGGAAUGUUGAUUAAAUGAAGUUGAUAAAUAAACCAAUAUCAUAAAAUAUCAGAAUUCUCGCUCUCUUUUCUUUUAAUAUUCUUU